AUUUGUUUUGAUUUAGGAACACAAUAUGGGUAGUAGGGUUUUGCUGGCCGUUUGUACUUUAGUGUUAGCUUUGUACUGCCACGGGGAGAACGAAGACAACUCUGAGCUAAGAUUAUAUCGCAAAUUGUUUAGAGUAAAAAGAAAGGAACAUAUUGCAAUUGUGCAGAAGCUUCUUUUGAUGGAUGACAUCGAAAAACAUGCAGCGUUUAUACAAAUGUCAAUGGAAACCAUUGUGAAGACCAUCCAAGAAUCUCAACAAGUUUUGAAAUCAGAGAACUACACACCUGGAAGGACCUUUCCCACGGACACUUCUGCAAAAGAAGCACUCUCUCUUAUCCUUGAAAACACAGCACUUUUCACUGACCUGAUAGUGAGGUUUCCCAAGCUUGGACAUUACUUUUUUGAACAGAACAAAAUGUCAUGGUUGAGGGUGAUGGCUCCAGCAAUAACUACAUGCAGUGCCACAGGGGUGUAUGAUGGGGAUCACCAGCUUAUUUUACACUCGCUGCAACAAGAGCUUGGCAUUGGUGAAAAGGAUCCACUCUACAUAAACCCAUUUCUGCAGGAAUCAAAGCAAGGGAGGCCACUUACUGCAGAAGAAAGAGAGCAAAUUUACAGGGAAGAAAAAAGAGAAAAAAAGAAGCAAAAAUUGAAGAAACGUACCGGACCGCGUUUAACAAACAAAUCGGAGUUGUAACAUUUGUUUCUUAUUUUAUUAAAGUGCAAUUUUUUAAUAUAUUUCGGAAUCAAGAUGUUGCCAUGUUAAUGUAAAAGAGAAAUCUUUUGAGUGUGUUUACAAGGUUUCUUUCUAGUGUUUUGAAAUUUGCACACAAAUAAAAACAAAAAUAGGGCAGUACAAAUGCUAGGUAGGUGCUUAUUAUCUUGCCCACUUAAGUGUCAAUCAUUGUCAUCUCUAGUAAAUAUUAAAAGGUGGUAUAUCUGUACAACGGUAUGUGUACCGUUGAUCUGUAAUUUAGGCUAAGCACAACCAUUGUUCAAUCGAUACUAAAUUCCAUAAUAUCGUGUAAAACUGUGAUUUGUGCCGUGCA